GCGUGUUGUGCGUGUUUGUGUGCAGUGCGUCUCUGCUGCAGCCCUCUCGGUCUGGCUUUUUAACUUUUUUAAAAGUGUUUAUUAAAGACGACCUUAAAACGCAACAUUUUUAAAGUAAUGGAGACCGAUCAUCAGCAACCUAAACUUUGUCUUCUCAACGGUAGCACCCGGAAAAGGGAGGACUUCCUGGAGUGGCCUGAGUAUUUCAUGGCAGUGGCGUUUCUGUCAGCCCAAAGGAGCAAAGACCCAAACUCACAGGUGGGGGCGUGCAUAGUGAACCAGGAGAAUAAGAUCGUCGGGAUUGGGUACAACGGGAUGCCCAAUGGCUGCAAUGAUGACCUGCUGCCCUGGUCCCGGACAGCAGAUGACCAACUGGACACAAAGUACCCCUACGUGUGCCACGCGGAGCUAAAUGCCAUCAUGAACAAGAACAGUGCAGAUGUGAAGGGCUGCACCAUGUACGUGGCUCUGUUCCCCUGUAACGAGUGCGCCAAACUCAUCAUCCAAGCAGGGAUUAAGGAAGUAGUGUAUUUAUCUGAUAAGUACCAUGACACACCUGGAAUGACUGCGUCCAGGAAGCUGCUCAACAUGGCAGGUGUCCAGUUCAGGCAGUUCCAGCCCAAGAGGACUGAGAUUGUCAUUGAUUUUAAUUCCAUCAACCACACUGGAACACGGAGCAGCAGCAGCCAGUGAAAUACCUGAUGUGUGGGACCACUGAGAGGAGUGGAGGGGGCUGUGAUAACCUCCUUAUCCCCUCCUCGUCUAAAGAAAACUCAAGGAUGCCUCAACUUUGGCAUCUUUGAUAUUUUGAUUAACCCUUUGGAACGUUGUGAUACUCUAAUGUGCUACUUGGGUCUUAAUGGUCUUCUUUUAACAUUAUGUUCUUGGUUUAGGAGCAUUUUAAGGACUGAAUGACUGGAGUUUAAAGUUUUUUGUGGAGAAAACCCCAGAUUUCAGUUUUAAGGCAAAGAACAAUUUUUACAUUUUUGAUUUGCUUGUUGUAAGCUGGUUACUGUGUUGUUUUUAUCAUUGAUUUGCUAAGUGGCUUAAAUGCCAUUACAAUUAAUCCACAUUGUUUGUACUUUUUGAAGCUUGUACUGUUAUACUGGAAUUAUAUGGGUGAAACAAUAUACUAUUUUGGUUUAUUCCAAAUAUACGGCUGCAAAAUUAAUCAUAAUCCAAUUGACAUAUCAAUUAAAAUGAACACAACUGGCAAAUUGCAACGUCUGUAAUUUGUGCCUUAAUUUCCUCCAAAAACAAUAAAUGUUCUUUCUGCAUUAAAACCACUAACACACAGUAGUUAGAUCUGUACACACAUGUAUUGAAAUUAAUACAUGUGAUUCUUCUACUAAACCAAGUUUAUAGGCCUAUUUCAGUUUUUUUUUUUUUUUUUCAGUCAGUCCUCCUGGAUGCAUUUAAAAUGUGAACUUUGAACAGAAUCCUAUUAUUCUAUCAUUAAAACAUAUAAAUCAAAUCAAAUAAAAAAUAAAAAGUUGGAAAUACACCAUUAUUGUGAACUUUUGGUUAGAGAACACUGAUUUGCUGCUGGAGCAGUAACAGAACUGCAUUAUUCUUUGCACAUGUGAAUAAAAAGGUCAAUAUUCAAGAGUUUUAUUCACUAAAAACAAAAUUACUAUUGUUUUCAUUGUAAUGUUUAUUUUAUAUAGCAAAAUGAUUUCCAAAUGUGUUCUCACUGUCUUUAAAUGGGCUGUAAGAAUUGAUACAUUUUGAACAGAUCCUGUGUGGACCAUGUGUCCUUGUGUGUGAAAAGGCAUCAGGCUCAAAAACUGUAUAGUCAAUAAAUGUCCUGGACACAUAAA